UCUUGCCAACGUCACUCCCCGCCGCCGGGCGCGCUCUUCCGCUUCCGGCAGGGGCCGGCCCGGAAGUGACGCGCGGCGGCGGCGGCGGAGGGUCGCAGCCGCCAUGGGGGAGCUGAGCGACCUGGACCGGCAGAUCGAGCAGCUGCGCCGCUGCGAGCUCAUCAAGGAGAGCGAGGUGAAGGCGCUCUGCGCCAAGGCCCGGGAGAUCCUGGUGGAGGAGAGCAACGUGCAGAGGGUCGACUCCCCCGUCACGGUGUGCGGCGACAUCCACGGGCAGUUCUAUGACCUCAAGGAGCUCUUCAGGGUCGGGGGGGACGUCCCCGAGACCAACUACCUGUUCAUGGGCGACUUUGUGGAUCGGGGCUUCUACAGCGUCGAGACCUUCCUGCUGCUGCUGGCGCUCAAGGUGCGUUACCCCGACCGGAUCACGCUGAUCCGCGGGAACCACGAGAGCCGGCAGAUCACGCAGGUCUACGGCUUCUACGACGAGUGCCUGCGCAAGUACGGCUCCGUCACCGUGUGGCGCUACUGCACCGAGAUCUUCGACUACCUCAGCCUCUCCGCCAUCAUCGACGGCAAGAUCUUCUGCGUGCACGGCGGCCUCUCGCCCUCCAUCCAGACGCUCGACCAGAUCCGCACCAUCGACCGGAAGCAGGAGGUGCCCCACGACGGGCCCAUGUGCGACCUGCUCUGGUCCGACCCCGAGGACACGACGGGCUGGGGCGUGUCGCCGCGGGGCGCCGGGUACCUGUUCGGCAGCGACGUGGUGGCGCAGUUCAACGCCGCCAACGACAUCGACAUGAUCUGCCGCGCGCACCAGCUCGUCAUGGAGGGCUACAAGUGGCACUUCAGCGAGACCGUGCUCACCGUCUGGUCCGCCCCCAACUACUGCUACAGGUGCGGGAACGUGGCGGCCAUCCUGGAGCUGGACGAGCACCUGCAGAAGGAAUUCAUCAUCUUCGAGGCGGCGCCGCAGGAGACGCGCGGGAUCCCCGCCAAGAAGCCCGUGGCCGACUACUUCCUGUGACACGGGGUCAGCCGGGGUCACCUGGGGUCACCUGAGGUCACCCAGGCUCCACCGGACCCAAUGGGCACACUGCGGUCACCCAGGUCCAAUGGGGUCAACAGGGGUCACCUGAGGUCAAUGAGGUCAACCGGGGUCACCGCCUGCCCCCACGUGCCCUUGUGCCCUCCUGACCCGCUGUGACCUUUCGGGACCCCUCCACCCCCCCCACCAUGACCUUUGAGGUGACCCCUCCCCUCCACCUCCCCGUCCCCCCCCCGUUUCGCCGCAAACGGGUUUUUUGAGGCCGUUUCUGCUCCUUUUAGAUAAAAAAACGUCCAAAAGGC